GGCAGUAGCCCGUUCAUGUUCUGGAGCCUGCAUCAAAUCAAAUCAAAUCAAACUAGAAUUAAAAAAUAAAGAAAACAGAGAAAAAUCGAAAAUAAAAUCAAGCGCGCUUUCGCUAGGGUUUUCAGUUUUCACAGAGAAACAAAAACCCACUCUCUCUCUUCCAAUCUCCUUCUUCUUCUUCAAGUUUUUUUCCCGGCAAAUUCCUUGUCCGAUUUGUCACCAUACUGCGCUUUUGAACGAGAAGACGCCUUACUUCGUGUGCUAAACGGCACCACUUGCUUUCCCUGGAACAUACAAUACACAAUUGGACUUCAGGUUCCGUUUCCUUUUGAAAAUCUUUCGAUGAUCACGUAAUCUGGAGUUCGAGAAAAGCACAUACUUGGUUCUACACGUUUUACUGAAUACAAAAAUCUGGAAUAUCCUGUUAUUUGAGUAUGGUAGAAGCAAAAAAAGUUGAGAACAUCGAAUUUAAGUGGGGUAAACAGAGAGGAGUUGGUGGGAAAAAGAAAGAUGUAAAAUUUUAUGAAUCUUUCUCCUAUGAUGGUGUGGAGUAUGCUCUAUAUGAUUCUGUUUACAUGUACGAGGAAGGUGAGACAGAGCCUUAUAUUGGGAAGCUCCUAAAGAUAUGGGAGAAUGCUGACAAGACAAAGAAAGUGAAGGUUCUAUGGUUUUUCUGUCCUCGUGAGAUUUCCAAUUAUCUUGGAGAUGAGAAGACUGCUGAGAAUGAAUUGUUUUUGGCAUCUGGUGAAGGUGUAGGCAGCACAAAUGUUAAUCCUUUGGAAGCAAUUGCUGGAAAAUGCAAUGUGGUAUGCAGUUCAAAGGAUAGUAGGAAUCCACAACCAUCAGAUGAAGAACUUCAAGAGGCUGACUUUGUUUUUUAUCGUACAUUUGAUGUUGGGAACUGUAGGAUCUUGGAUAAGAUAGAUGACAAAAUUGCUGGGAUUGAAGUGAAGUUCUUAUUGAACAGAGUGGGUAAUCAGAGUUCCAGUGGUGUUCCAAAACUUGAUUCAAAAAAGAAAGAAGUAAGUGGAAAUUUUGUGGCUACUAAUGACACAAGGAUUUUGACCAGGACAGAAUCUUAUCUUGGAGAGAAGGCUACUUCUAGUUCACAUGUAAAGUUUAAUGAAGUGACUAAAAUAAAUGAUCGGCUGGUAGAUAAUUCUGGUGAGACGGCAAGUUCAAGCUCUAAAGUUAAGCAAAUUUCAGACAUAAAACCUUCAUUGGCCAACCAGAAAUGUUCACCAGGAGAAAAUUCUGCAUCUAAUUUAGGGUUAGGUGAAAUGACUAAAGUUGAUGAACAGGAAGGCAUACCGAGUGACAUCAUCGCUUCAAGUUCUAAAGAUGAUGUUGGCUGGAGUGAAAGUAAAGUUGAUAAAGUCUUUGCUGAUCAGGUUCUAAUUGAAGAGAAAGUAAAAGUUGCCAAAGACUGUGGUGACUUAGAUGACCGGCCAUCUAAGAAAGCAAAGCUUGAUGAUUUGGCAAAAGCAUCUUAUGAUAACAAAGUGAAAGGUGUGCAGAAAGUAAGUCAUGAUUCCAAUGGCAGCAACUCCAAGUCUGUAGCCCAAACAACCCCUGCUUCUGAAGAUAAAUCAAAAUCUAAUCUCACUAAAGAUCAUCAUGAGAACAACAGCGGCCUUUCCAAGAGGCCAAAGCCUGAUGAGAAGCUUACUAGACUUGCUAAUGGCAAGUUUCCUGAAGCAUCUCUAAGACAGUCUUCAGAGGAGGGCAGUAAAACUAACUGCCAUAUACAGGAAGUCACUCGCAGGCCAGAAGCUGAUAGAAGCAAGUGGUUUAGGGGACUUCCAUGGGAAGAAAGAAUGCAAACUGCUCACGAGCAAGGAACUCUUGUCCUGCUACAGAAUCUGGAUCCGUCUUAUACUUCAGCAGAAGUAGAGGAUAUCAUUUGGCAUGCCUUCAAGCAAAGUUGCACUGUGAAGAUGAUUCAAAGGACUGCACUUGCCAGCCCUCACUCUGUUGUUUAUGCUGCAGGUCAGGCUUUUGUUAUAUUCCAGAAAAGGGAAGUAGCAGAGAUGGCAGUUGCAAAAUUAGAUGAAGGUUGUUUAAUGCUAUCAAAUGGGAGGCCUCUGGUUGGCAGCAUCGCUGCUCCUUGUUUCCCAGGAAAGCAGUCAACCUUUUUUGGUCAUCUUGUUAUCAAUAAACUUAGAAUCCACAAGCAGCGUGAGAUGAAAGAAGCAGUAUCUACUUCACAUUGUUCUCAGCCCAAUACACUUGAGUAUGAAAUGGCAAUGGAUUGGUGCCUACUACAAGAAAGAUCAGAUCUAGCUUUGAGAAAGCUACGCCAGCAACAAAGGCAAGAGUUGAGAAAACUUUGGGUUACUUUGAAGUGUAAAUGAACUGUACUGUUCUCAGUGUAGUAGCUCUUCUGGACAUUUUUUGGAGAAAAGGGCAGGCUAAAAGAAUUGCUCCUUUUGGAAUAGAAGGAAUGUAUAUGUAGAAAGCCGGAGCUCCACUGAUUAGAUAACAAGACACUAUUUUUGUUGUGCGGCAGUAUAUACGUUAGGUGGAUCAGAUUUUGGGCGUUGUUAGAACUUGGAAAUCAGGUCCUUUUCACAACUACUAGGCUGGCUGAUUCAUCUGGUAGGACUACGAAUGGCUGAUGUAAAUAUUAUAAUCCACUGUUAGUUACCUUUAUCAGCUAGGAGUUUUGUAAGUUUCUCAAGCUAGGAUAAUAAAAGUUGAUUUUUAAA